CAGAGUCCACACAACAGGCACGCCGGCACACCGCACAACACAAUAAUUUGAAUUCACAUUCACAUUCGCAACGCAAAUGGGCUUUUGGCGAAUACAAUAGAACCACGUUGUUGUAAUAACGUUAUUUAUUCUAUUGGUCGGCUCAAGCUAUUUGAUUGGGAAUGGAAUGAAUUUGACAAAAACAAACAUGGCUUUAAGUAACUCACCUGGACACUUAGUCUUCAAAAUUGAUGAAAGUAAAAAAUCAUAUGAAAAAUGUUUUCCUGGGCUUAUGUUUUCGAGCUCCGAUAAUCCAGUAAAGAAUUGUGGCCUACAGGAAAAGUUGAGUAAGGCAUUAGAUGAAUUAAAACCUAAAGAUCUUAUUGGAUCUCUAAACAUCACUGACAACAUAGGCGUAAAAGUUAUCAAUGAUCAAGCAGUCACACCAAAAUCGCAAAAACAAAAACCUGAUGUAAAAAGAUGGGCAUCUGUUGUCAAAGCUCAAAAGAAAGUUCAACAUUCAAACGAUCUCGAUGUUAAUGACAAUCACAAUUCAGAAAAUGUAGAAAACAAUUCAGAAAUCUUUGACUGUAUAUUCAAAACUUUCCCGAAAAGCUUUGAGAGCCACAAGAGUUUUUUUGUUAUUAAUGACAAAAUGUUCUAUUGCAACAUCUGCUUGGUGAAUUUGGAUUCUGUUUUGAGCCUUUCGAAUCAUCUGAAAACAAGGAAACACGAAGAUAAAGCCAUAGAGUAUUUUAAAACUAAAAUGCCCACACAUCUCCAUCAUAUCAUGGAAUUUGUGUCUUUUUAUGGAUCUAGUUUAUGCUGUAACUUAUGUCAUUGCGACAUACCUAUGUCGUCCUUAAAUCCACAUGAGACGAUUGUGAACAUUAUAGCUCACAACAACGAUGACUCUCACAUCAGCAAGAAGGUGAACCAUGACACAGGCAGCAGUACCGAGACAGUCUUACAGGCACUCUCUGCAUCCUCUGAUAUCAUCAAGGAAAAUUUGCAUUUUGUUGAAAGCAGAGUAGUGCCAGAGUUCAGAUGCCAGCUUUGCAAAGUAAAGAUACCGUUUGAAGAUAAUCAAGAAGUACUAUCCCAAAACUUUGUCAUGCACAUGAAAAGUCAGGGUCACAUUAAGAACCAAAAAGCUGUUGAAGUGCUCAGACUAUUCGGAGAAGCCAGCAUCGCUGGUAAAGACAACUGGGUUGUAGUCAACGGAAGUAUAAUGUGUACAUACUGCAAUAAGGAGUUUGAAACCAACUUGCAGCAGUUGGUAUCUCAUGUGAACGAAAUGGAACAUGCAGCCAAUGUGUUGUUCAAGCUCAAUAUCAAUUCAAAUUUUAACAAGGUUUCAGAAAAGAGCACUGUGCAGGAAAACAUAAUGAAUGAAGCAAAAUCUAUUGUUUUAAAAAAUAAGGGUGAUGGUGAUGGUGAUCAACCCAAGCUAGGGGGUAGUAGGCUGAAGGAACUGCUUAGCACCAUGCCACCUGCCCUUAGAGACGUUGACUAUGUUAUAGAAAAUGAAAAGGGCAGUGUCACUUGUCUGAUAUGUAACCGUGUCGUGCCUCCUAGCACAUACAAUCUCAGGACACACCUUCUGGGAAGCAAACACAAAACCAACAUGGAAACGAGAGCACCUGCUCCAAAAGUAAACAAAGAAUCAAACAAAGCUGUGUUUGAAGCAUCUAGACCAGUCGCGAAACUAGAAGCUAAAAACGGUGAUCAUAACUCUAAUGUACCUUCAAGGCCGAUGAAUAUAGCAUCUAUUGUUUCAAAUAAGUUUGGCUAUGUUUUGAAGAAGGAUAACUUUUCCGUGAUGUGUAUGCUGUGUCAAUUCUCAGGACCCAGUCAUAGUUUUGAGACUGAGCAUCUCAUGAGCAGUGAGCAUAAGAAGAGAGAAAAUGAAUGGCUUAAAAACUGUCCGGGCUGUUCUUCAACAAAUCCUUUCACAUUUAAAGUUCUGACAGCUCUACCAACCAGUAUUAGAACAUACAAGUGUCGUCGAAUGGAAACAAUUCCGGCCAGUGUCCUCAAUCAUUUGUACUCUUUGCUUUUGGAUGAAAACCAAUUGGUUAAGAACAAUGAAAAAGUCAUCGUCAAGAAUGUGGAUGGAAAACAUUGUUACUGUAAACUAUGCAAGACCUUGAUACCAUUGUCUUUGGAUCUGGAUAUUCUUGAAAACAAUUUAGUGGACCACUUCAAGGGGAAACGGCAUGAAGGCUUCACUACGAAGCAAAAAAGUACAAAGGAUGCUUCUACUUCACCUAAUGUCGCCAGAUCUUUAUUUGAGCUUCCGGAAAAUUUGGAAAAGUUGCCCAAAAAUUCAAAAGUCUUCAAUUUUGAUGAAUUUUCAAGAUUGAUGAGUAAGGAUUCUGAGAAAAAAACAUCGGAAGACGAAAUAAAAUCAUGUGAGGAGAAUGUGCUUGGAAGUAAAUCUGAGGAAGGACAGAAUCAAAAUGACAGCCAGAAUGAAAAACAAGAGGCCAUUGCAGAUUCAAUCACAGGAAAAGUAAACAAUGUAUUUGUGUUUGGCAAAGAAGACAGCAACAACGUGGCUUUAAAAGAUUCUGAGGGUGGCAGUGACAAAAUAAAAAGCCACAACUCAAAAGCCCUGCCUGUAGGCAGUUGGGGCCGUCUGGUUAAGUUUGAAGAGGAAACUAGUGAAGAUGUAUUGAAGCGGCGACAGAAACAGAUUGAGUACGGGAAGAACACAGCGGGAUACGCUCGCUACUGCAGUCUGGUCCCUCGGCGCAAGAGAAGCUGUGGCCAUCCGGUCACACCGCCUAGGCAUCUCCGUUGUAGCCGGCGUACUUGGGACGGUAUGAUACAUGCAUGGAGACGCCAACUUCAUGCUUGGGAUCCUCCAUCGACUGUGGAAUCUGACAUUCGUCCUCUCGACUGAUUUCAUCAUAAUUUUCUUUCUUAACUUAUUUGUUAUAUUGACUUUCUAGUUCUAUACAGACUUUCUUAAUUUAUUUGUUAAAACAGUCCUGAGGCAAUACUCCAAAGGUUUCUUAAACAUUGUUAAAUUCAUAGUUUUGAAAGAGAAAUAUUUUUGCAUGAGACUCUGGAAAGGUUGGACGCACUUUUUUCAAAUUUGUAUUGAAUGUUUCCUUAAUGUAGAUAAUUCACUUAUACGUAUGAAUUUAAAUAGGUAUUUUUUUAUAAUUUUAAUGAUCUGAACUAUUUGGACAAACGUGUAUUCUUAUUGCCUAGUUCUAUAAUCUAUGUAAUGUUAAACAUCAAUAUGUAUACACUUUUAACAAUGAUCUAUUUUAACGAUGAAGUCUAUGAUUAUUUUUGAUAAACAAUAUUCUUAAGUAUCGUUAAGUUUUGGUAUUUCAUAGCUUAGAGGUAUUUUUUGUGAUUAUUCCUAUUUGGUGGUUUUGAUUUUUUACAUUGACGUUAUUUAUAUGACUGAGUGAACAAGACUGAUAUUUUUUGCCUUUAUUUGUUGAUUUGUAUUGUUGCAAGUGAAUUUUGCUCAAUUAUAAUUCAUGCAUGUU